AGAGUCGCGAGCAUUAAGCCAGAGACAUAAAAAAAAUGUUCGUAAGAAUUUGAUGACUACAGGGAAAUAUGUAUAUGGAGAGAGAGAAACAUCAAUCAAAAUAAUAUGGCUGCGUGAAAAUAAUUAAAAUUUAUCAUCUCUUGUCUUCCUUUAAUUUAAUGUUUAAAAUGUUUGUUUAGUACGACUUAAAAAUUUUAGUUUUACAAUGGCGUUUUUGUGUCCCGUACGGAUACGGCGAGGAAAAAAGAAGAAAGCGUACAACAGCAAUGAUAUUGACAAAGAGUUGAAUCGUCCCAACAAUAUUGGACUUAAUCAUGGAAUGGGCCGAAUAACUGGUUCAGCAUCCAUUGAAACCCUUGUUCGCGUUGGCAUUGAAAAAGAGCACGGACUGAGUCCCGAUUCGAAGAUGGUCGUCCUGCACGAUUUUACUCCCUGCGUUGAUGAUGAAUUAGAAGUGAAACGUGGACAAAUAGUAAACAUUCUGUACAGAGAAAACGAUUGGGUCUAUGUGAUCGGGCAGGACUCCCGACAGGAAGGAUUCAUACCCCAUUCGUACUGUGCACCCGUUAAUACACAACUAGCUGAAAUGGCAAUCAAAAAGAAACUGCCCAGAGAUCAGUCGUUGGGAGCGACAGCAGAUUUACUCGAUGGUGAUAUUCCGAUUGACAAUUGUGACGACAAUAUCUCUGGCUUAAUGGGACUACAGAGUUCGUUGAAGCAUUCACAGGCUAGUCUGAAUUCGGAACCGGAUUUUAUUCCAUUCUCAAAGGAUCCCAGUGGACGGUACAUCGUUCUGUAUACAUUUAUAGCUAGAGACGAAAAUGAUGUGUCAGUGGAAAGAGGAGAAUUUGUCACAGUUCUGAAUCGAGAGGAUCCUGAAUGGUUUUGGAUAGUUCGAAGUGACGGUCAAGAGGGAUUCAUACCAUCCGGUUUCGUUUAUCCGGCUGAUAAUGUAUUGCGUGGAAGUUCGAAAUCUCCACUGGGAAUAGUACAAAAUACGACAAGUACAUCACCAACGAAUAACCCAGCAAAUGGUAACAGUCCAGCGAACAACAAUGUACUGACCAACAACAAUAUUAAUGCGCUUUCGCAAAUAACAAUGACCGGUUCGGAUGAUUUACGGUAUCACGGAACCGAAUUGGUAUUGCUCUACGAUUAUAAGGCUCAAGCACCAGACGACUUAUCAGUGAAACGAGGCGAUUGGAUUUAUGCUGAUCUAAAUAAUCAAACCGUUGACGGUUGGCUUUGGGCGUACGCACCGAAAACUCGUAAAUAUGGAUUCAUUCCAAAAGCAUAUGCACGACCUCCAGCCAUGACCAGCCUUUGAUUCCAUUACGCAGACAUAUUAGGAUUUAAGUCGUAGAAUAAGGUGACGAGAUCUGGAUGAGUGCAAUUGUUGGUUGAAGAAACGAUUUUAUUUAGCGAGAGAGAGAGAGAGAGAUGAUGUCGAGUUGGAAGUGAUAAGAUGUAUUUUGCACGAAGUGGAAACCAACUUUUUUAACGGCUCCGAAAACGGAACGGAGACACUUUCUUAAGUUUACUACAGCGGACAGAAAUGUGUUUCGUCUUGUAAGAGUUAAGUGUUCACUGGUUGACACUGUUCGAGUGGCAUAAUAUGAAAGUGUACCGAGUCUGGGUUGUUGGUAAACUUAAGAUUUUUGUCUCAUGUAUACGACAGGAAAGAGAUCUUUUUGAAAGAUUUAGUGAUGAUUGCCAAUUAUUGCCACGAAAGGACAACAAGACUAUAAUUGUGAAGAGACAAUAAUCAUAUAGGAAAACUAAGAAGUAACGCGACAAAGGACCAACUUCGAUCGUUUUGCCGUGCUAAUCACGUACGAUCUAGCAAUAAAUUUUGUACUCGAAUGAAACAUGAACAAUUAAGAAUUUACGUUAACGGUGAGCUGUUUAAUUAUUAUUUUUUUUUGCCUUUUCUUCCUUUUUUAUUAAUGCUAAAACUGAUGCGCCGAUUUCGGUAAAAAAUAAAAUUUUAUUUACCUUAA